GCUAUGGAGUCGCCAACCAAGGAGAUUGAAGAAUUUGAGAGCAACUCUCUGAAAUACCUGCAACCCGAACAGAUCGAGAAAAUCUGGCUUCGGCUCCGAGGGCUGAGGAAAUAUAAGAAAACAUCCCAGAGGUUACGGUCUUUGGUCAAACAAUUAGAGAGAGGCGAGGCUUCGGUGGUAGAUCUUAAGAAGAAUUUGGAAUACGCGGCCACAGUGCUCGAAUCUGUGUACAUUGAUGAAACCAGGCGACUCCUGGAUACGGAGGAUGAACUCAGUGACAUUCAGUCAGAUGCAGUGCCUUCUGAGGUCCGAGACUGGCUGGCCUCCACCUUCACGAGGCAGAUGGGGAUGAUGCUCAGAAGGAGCGAGGAGAAGCCACGGUUCAAGAGCAUCGUCCAUGCAGUGCAGGCUGGGAUAUUUGUGGAGAGAAUGUAUAGACGAACAUCCAACAUGGUUGGACUGAGCUACCCACCAGCUGUUAUUGAAGCAUUAAAGGAUGUGGACAAGUGGUCCUUUGAUGUCUUUUCUCUCAAUGAGGCCAGCGGGGAUCAUGCACUGAAAUUCAUUUUCUAUGAAUUGCUCACACGUUAUGAUCUGAUCAGCCGUUUCAAGAUCCCCAUUUCUGCCCUUGUCUCAUUUGUGGAGGCCCUGGAAGUAGGAUACAGCAAGCAUAAAAAUCCGUACCACAAUUUAAUGCAUGCCGCUGACGUUACGCAGACUGUGCAUUACCUCCUUUAUAAGACAGGGGUAGCGAACUGGCUGACAGAGCUGGAGAUCUUUGCUAUCAUCUUCUCAGCUGCCAUCCACGACUAUGAGCACACCGGAACCACCAACAAUUUCCACAUUCAGACACGGUCUGACCCUGCUAUUCUGUACAAUGAUAAGUCUGUAUUAGAAAAUCACCAUUUAAGUGCAGCUUAUCGCCUUCUGCAAGAAGAUGAGGAAAUGAAUAUUUUGAUCAACCUCUCAAAGGAUGACUGGAGGGAGUUUCGGACCUUGGUAAUUGAGAUGGUGAUGGCCACGGACAUGUCCUGUCAUUUCCAACAAAUCAAAGCAAUGAAGACUGCUCUGCAACAGCCAGAAGCAAUUGAAAAGCCGAAAGCAUUAUCCCUGAUGUUGCACACGGCGGACAUUAGCCAUCCUGCAAAAGCAUGGGAGCUCCAUCAUCGCUGGACAAUGUCACUCCUGGAGGAAUUCUUCAGACAGGGUGACAGAGAAGCAGAGCUGGGGCUGCCUUUUUCUCCUCUGUGUGAUCGAAAGUCAACGAUGGUUGCUCAGUCGCAAGUGGGUUUUAUUGAUUUCAUUGUGGAGCCUACCUUCACUGUGCUCACGGACAUGACUGAGAAGAUUGUGAGCCCUUUAACUGAUGAAACCUCCCAAAGUGGCGGGACAGGACAGAGGCAUUCAAGCUUGAACAGCAUCAGUUCGGCGGAUGCAAAGCGAUCGGGCGUGAAGAGCACUGGCUCAGAAGGAAGCGCCCCCAUCAACAGUUCUGUCAUCCCCGUUGACUACAAGAGUUUCAAAGCCACUUGGACUGAGGUGGUGCAUAUCAACCGGGAGAGAUGGAGAGCCAAGGUGCCUAAAGAGGAGAAGGCCAAGAAGGAAGCAGAGGAAAAAGCUCGCCUGGCUGCAGAGGAGAAGCAAAAGGAAAUGGAAGCCAAAAGCCAGGCUGAAGAAGGCGCGGCUGGCAAAGCCGAGAAAAAGACAUCUGGGGAAGCUAAGAAUCAAGUCAAUGGAACGUGCACAAACAAAAGCGACAACCCUUAUGGGAAAAAUUCCAAAGCUGAGAAGUCCUCAGGAGAAAAACAACAGAAUGGUGACUUGAAAGAUGGUAAAAAUAAGACAGACAGGAAAGAUCAAUCUAAUGUCGGAAGUGAUUCAAAGAAAACAGAUGGCACGAAGAAGCAUUCUCAUGGCUCACCAGCUCCAAGCACUAGCUCCGCAAGUCGCCUUGCCUUGCCAGUCAUCAAGGCUCCUCUGCGUCAUUUUAAACGCCCUGCUUAUGCAUCUAGCUCCUACGCACCUUCGGUCCCAAAGAAAACUGAUGAGCAUCCUGCGAGGUACAAGAUGCUGGAUCAGAGGAUCAAAAUGAAAAAAAUUCAGACUAUCUCACAUAACUGGAACAGAAAAUAG